UCGGCGGCGGAGACGGCGGGACUCGCCCUGGUUGUGAUUGCGCUUUCACAUUGUGGGCCUAACAAAGAAGUGUCAGCAUCAGGGUAAAGAAGCUCUUGAGAUCUCUGAUGAUGGCGAGAGGAGUUGUGGGUGAGAAAUGGUCACAGCGGAUUCUGUGGGUAUGCGCGAUCGGGAGCGCAAUAAGCUUGUACUUUGUGGCCGUGGAGAGGCAGGCGCAGAAUCGGGCGCGAAUGAUGGCCGAGGGUUUGAAGAGUGUGGAUGGCUUGUCGAGCCAUUCCGGUGGUGAGGAUGUUUGAAGGUGAAUGCUCAGCAAUUUAGUUAAAAUCUUUGUCUCGUGUCCUAAUCACUAUUACAAUACAAAUUUUUACAAACAGAAUAAGGAUCAAAGGCGCACUUGUAUAAUAAUUUUUUUUUCCUAAAGGCGCACUUGUAUCUGUUGGGUUUUUUGUAUCAGCUGUUAUUUUAAAUGUUCUCUUAAAUCUUUAUUAGCAGUUUUGAAGGCUAAUUCUAUUUAUAUUGUUGAUGAUACUUGAUACACGAUAGUAUAAAGUAUUUGGAUGCUUACCUUCCGGCUGAACACCAUGUGCCCUGAAACAUGAGGAGGGCUGUCUUCUUUUGUUCACUUACUGGGAACAAAAUUCCUUUAUUGGAAUUGUUGAUGUCUGUUUGAUCACAGAUGUUUUUAUUGUAAGUACGUUGGGCCUAGUCAUUUUGAAGCAAUAUAAAAUCAACUGCUAUUGUAAGUUA